CAGGGUAAUCCAGUCCGCAAAAUGUCAAUCAAUGGAGAGGAUCCGAACCCCCCACCAUCGUCUCAAUCCCACUUCGCCCAGUUUGAAAACUUUACUCCCAACGAUGCCGCGUCAUUCGACGAUGAGUUUGGCCGCCUCGCGUCAUCCCAGAACUGGGUGCCCGGCUCUCAGCUGUAUGCUCGGGAGCGCACCAUUGCAAUGCGCGAGGAACUCAAGUUGCAUUACUUUAGUCAAUCACAGCCACUAGACGGCACCGACGAAGAGCUCACCGAAGAAGAGACUCUCAAGGGGUAUCAAAGCCUAUGCCAGGAGGUCCGCAUACCUCCGAGCGACUCCAUCGCCGAAUGCAAGAAGCACCUGAAGAAGACGCUGGUCAACAUUGUAGACCUGAUUGACGCGCGACGGACGCGCAAGGAGGUCAAGGUAUGGGAUGAUUUCGAAGCGUUCCGCAGCUACACUCUCCAGGAUGAACAUAGGAUCAAUAUGCAUGAGGCGAAGCAGGACGGGGGGUACCUGGCAUCGUUGUUGCGGUACCUCCGAGGUCCGCGACGGCGGAGAAGAGGUGGAAGGGAUGGUUCAAGCUCCAGAGUACUUUUAGGGCGGGUAACCAAGAAGAGCUCGGGGUGAAAACAAGUGUCUGUAUAUACUGGAUAUACUUGAAGCAAGGACGGGCACAUAUCGGUGUGCCUGGCACAGGGCGGCUGAUGGAGCAUCAAAGGAAGCCUCUGGAUAUGACUGAGUUGCGGGAGCACACUGCAGACGAUAUAUCGAGUCUAAUACCCUAUGAAUCCUAAUAGAAGCCACAUCAUUUACCAUG